CCCCGCGGAGCCGCGCGGCACGCUGGGAGCGGAAGCGGCGGCCGCGUUGGAGCGAGGCGGGCAGCAUGGCAGCCGCCGGCAAGAGGAGCCUGGCGGAGCUGAGCCUGGACGAGUUCCUCGCCGCCGGCUCCGAGUCGGAGCCUGACGGUGGCUCGGAGGAGGAGGAGACCUCCAGGCCCGCCAAGGGGGCUGCGGCGCAGCGGCGGCAGAGCGGGAAGGCGCGGCAGGACGGGAAGGCGAGGCAGGCGCUGCAGGCCCGACCGGCUGGCAGGAAGAAGGGAAAGGCAUCUGAACAUAAAGAUCAGCUCUCCCGGCUGAAGGACAAAGAUCCUGAAUUUUAUAAGUUUUUGGAGGAAAAUGAUCGUUCAUUGCUGGAUUUUGAUGCUUCAGACAGUUCUGAGGAGGAGGAGAGGUUGCACAUACCACCUGAUAAACUGGAGGAAGCAAGUGAUGAAGAUGAAGAAGAAGAAGAACAUGAAACAGUCAAACGGAAGAAAGUUUCUUUGAUCUCCGUGAGCUUGAAAAUGGUUGAAGAAUGGAAAAAAGCGGCAGAGAGAAGGCUAACACCAAAACUUUUCCAUGAAAUCACUCAAGCCUUUAAAGCAUCUGUAGCAACCACCAAAGGAGAUAAUGGUGGAGCUGAUCCCAGCAAGUUUCAAGUCACUGAUGCUGCAGUGUUCAAUGCCCUUGUGUCCUUCUGCAUCCGGGACCUCUUCCACUGCCUGCAGAAGCUGCUACUUCUGAAAACCCCAAAGAACAAGCAAAAAAUGAUCCUCCCUUCCACCAGCCCACUUUGGAGCAAACUGCGACUGGAUGUAAAAGCGUACCUCAGCUGUACUAUACAACUCCUGUCUUGUUUAACAGAAGCCUCAGUUGGUGCAGCAGUCCUUCAGCAUGUCAGCUCCACAGUGCCUUAUUAUUUGUCCUUUCCAAAGCAGUGCCGUGCACUUCUCAAGCAAGCAAUUAAUUUGUGGAGCACAGGUGAGGAAACAGUGAGAGUACUGGCCUUCCUUGUGCUGAACAAGAUCUGCCGCUACAAGAAAGAGGUGUACCUAAGUCCCUUGCUCAAGCAAAUGUACAUCGCAUUUGUGAAGAAUUCCAGAUUCACCUCUCCCAAUGUCCUGCCGAUGAUCAACUUCAUGCAGCGCACACUGACAGAGAUGUAUGCCCUGGACACACAUACCUCUUACCAGCAUGCCUUCAUCUAUAUCCGUCAGCUUGCCAUUCACUUGCGCAGCGCAAUGACAAUAAAGAAGAAGGAGAACUUCCAGUCUGUUUAUAACUGGCAGUAUAUCCACUGCCUGUAUUUCUGGUGUCGGGUUCUCAGCACAAUCUAUCCCAGUGAGGUCAUGGAGCCAUUGAUCUACCCUUUGACGCAGGUCAUCAUUGGCUGUAUAAAGCUGGUACCAACGGCUCGUUUCUAUCCUCUGCGCAUGCACUGCAUCCGUGCACUUACACUAUUGUCUGAGAACACCAGGACCUUCAUUCCGGUGUUGCCGUUUAUCCUGGAGAUUUUCCAACAAGUGGAUUUCAACAAGAAGCCAGGGCGUAUGAGUGCUAAGCCUAUUAACUUCGCAGUGAUCUUGAAGCUUUCCAAUGCCAACCUGCAGGAGAAGGCCUUCCGUGAUGGACUCAUUGAACAGCUCUAUGACCUGAUGCUUGAGUAUCUCCAUUGCCAAGCUUACAGCAUUGGAUUUCCAGAGUUGGUUCUCCCCACUGUCAUUCAGCUAAAAUCUUUCCUGAAGGAAUGCAAGAUUGCCAACUACUGCAAGCCUAUCCGGCAGCUCCUGGAGAAACUGCAGGAAAAUUCUGCCUACAUCACCAGCAGGCGUCAGAAAGCUACCUUCGGCGUGGCCAGCAGGGAGUCUGUGGAACAAUGGGAGAAGCAGGUCAAAGAGGAGGGGACGCCUCUGACCAAGUAUUAUACUCAGUGGAAGAAGCUAAGAGAGAAGGAGAUACAACUGGAAAUCAGCGGCAAAGAAAGACUUGAAGACUUGAACUUCCCAGAAAUUAAGCGUAAGAAGCAAGAUGAAAGCAAGGAGGAAGAUAAGAAGGAAUUCAAGGACCUCUUUGAGCUGGACAGUGACUCUGAUGAAGAGAAUGUUGGAUUCCCUAUAAAAGGUAAAGCCAAAGCCAAGCGGGCAUCAGAUGACAGUUCGGAAGCAAGCAGCGAGGACUAUGGCGAGGAUGAUGAUGAAGAAGAAGGAAAGUAUGAAGUCGAGGAGGACGAGGAAGAAUUGGAAGAAGACAGUGACUCAGAUGAGGAAGGCAAGGAAGCCGCUCGGGUUUCCCAAAGGUCACAGAAGCAGAGGAGCUGCACCCGUGGGAUGUCACGCUCUGACCUCGAACAGCUAGCCCAAGGAGAAGAGGACAUUGUGGCAGACUUAACUUUCUCUGACGAUGAGUGAGCACCCUCACAGCCACCCCCUCCAAGCUUGUCCCUGACAGAGCUGCUGCCCAGUGGACACCCAGCCUUCAGCACCUGUAGCUGGGUCUCAGAGGUGGUAAGAGCUGGGGAGCAGGAGGGUGGGAGCCCAGCCCCAGGUGCCACCAAGGACUUUCGCAGUGACACUGCAGAGAUGCUACUUGGACUUGCAAGCUCUUUCUACCAGUUACGUUUUUGGUAACAGUAAAAUUGUGGUCAUGUCAAACCCCAGUAAAACUGUUCAGCAUAGGUAAUAAAAAGCCCUCAUUAAAAUCUGCUGCUUUAAAUAGCAUAAGGUUCAGGUUCAGCUCCUGCUGGAGCAUAAGUGAGCUGACCAAGGGGCAGGACAAGUUCUUCUAAGAGUCCUCCUGUCUGUUCAGCCAGCCACCCAUGUGGCCCCGUAUUUUGCUCUGGGGCCCUCACCAAGCCCUCCCUUUUGCCAAGAAGUUCUUAAGAAUUGCAUAGGCUGUUUCAGAGCUUUGCAUCUUUACGCAAAUGGAAGCCUUUAUCAGUAACAUCAGCAUCGGCUCAGUUCAAUCAAGCUGGCUGUAAGUACGCUAAAGAAGUUAACUUGAAGUAAGUGCCUUAGGAUAUGGAGGGCAGGGUGGGGGGGAAGAUAGGAGGUUGUGCAGGCAGGAAGGAAUAAGAGGCAAAAACUAAUAAUGUAGGAACCAUACUUUCAUUCUGUGAUGGCUGUUGGAUUUGCACGGGAUCAUUUGCUUAGCAAAAACGAGGGGCAAGUCUGAGCCCGUACUUUGUAACAGACCUGUUGUUAUCCAUAGCAACAUAAAAAUCACCUCUUCCUAGGACCAGUCCUGGCUGCUGAUGCGGGUGGUGAACACCGUUUUGUUCUGUGAGUCCUGAAAAUGGUAGUGAUGUUUGCAGGCUGUCUUGGGCACCCAGCCUUUCUUUAUUACCUCAAAGGCAACCACUGCAUCACCUGGGCAGCUUCUAGAUGCAGCUCAUGAUGCAUCUUCCUGUAGGAGUGGUGCUCACUGGGGGGGACGUUGUGAAGGUUAAGGUGCGUAAGGGCAAUUUGUGGUCUGCUGGGAAAAUAUAAACAGCUUAUGUCUUGUGACCACUGUUAGUUUGCAGGACUGGCAGCUAGGAAACACACUUCUUUGGGAAAUAAACUGGAAAUAGAGGGUAUUUGCUGAGGUAGAUAGGAAAAGUAUUCUGACAGAAUCACUCCUGAAAACUAACUGUGGCUUUCAAGAGCAUUGUUAUUUGUUAAUGCAAAUUUUUGGAAAAAAAGAUAGAGGGCCAGGACUAAAUAUGAUCUUUUGUCCUCUCUGCCCCCAUUCAGUGAGGUCAGUAGUGAUCUGUCAGCGCUACGGGUGGCCACGUUCCCUGCACAGACAUGUUCAGCUCUGCCUUCUGCACUGCCUACAUGUUCCCCUCCAGGCAUCCUUAUGCACAUCACAAGAGGACAAGAUGCUUUUUUAAAAAAAUAUUUUAAAAGAACAACUGUUUUUCCCCUUUUUUUAAGCUCUAUUUUCAUGGAGUCAGAAGAACUACAGCUCAGAUACAUUGCCUUAUUGCAGAUAAAAACCCCAGUGUACUGUUGCCUGGCUAGUGGUCUCCCUCUCACCCACAUGUGUAAGUGAUAACAACUCAGUGUAGAUAAAGAGGUAAUUAUGCUCUUCCUGUCCUACACUGAGUGCUGCUUCUUUCCUGCUUCUAGACAUCAUUACCACACAGGUAAUUACUGCUGUAGCACAGUGUUGUGGGGUCUUUGCUUCAUUCCGAGUUUGUUACUUUUUUUUUUGAGCUUAGCAGCAGGAAUAGGGAUGGAAAGGGCUUCUUUUUCCCAACUGCAGUUACAGUAAUUACUAGACCUGCCCUUCCUACACAUGCACCCGGGUACCUGUCGUCUCUUAAGGGGGAGGGAGAAAGUAACCUCAGAAAUUAAUAAUUUGGGGUUUGUUAUUAACAGCAUCAUUAUUGUCAUUAUUAUUAUCAUUGAUAGCCCACUCUGAGGGGGCCAAAGCACCUGCUGUUUCAUUAGGGGUUCAGGAGUGCUCAAGGUUCCCCACAGCUGGUGAAGGCUGCAUCUUCAGGCAGUUACAUACAGGAGCCUGAGAUAUGACUGCAAAGAUGAGAAUUGUAAGGCCCUAACUAUAAGAUAAAAGGUUUUAACUUACCUGUUCUUCCAAAAGAGAAAGGAGUUGCUUUUUCUCCUUUCCGUAACAACUUAGUUGGGCAAGGUGCUGUCUUUCGGCAGCUGUGAACCCACCCUCAGACUGGCUUUUGGCCAGAAACGUGGCAGCUUCACUGCACCGAGAGGUACCAACACCAGCAGCAAGGCAUAUGGCCCCGGUGUACGCACAAUGAAAGAAAGGAGACUUCCCGGGUAAAGCAACCACUUCCAAGGAGCUCAGGAAGCUAGGUACCAUUUGUAAAUUAAGUGUCUUUCUUUUUUAUUUAAAUUGAUUGCUGGAAAGCAUUUUUAUCGUGAUGUGAUGGAUAAUGACUUUUUUUUUUUUUUUUACAAUAUAAAGAAGCUAAUGUACCACCAAGCUAUUUUGUAAGAAAAACGGUAGCACGUGCAACGUUUAAACAAAAAAAAAGGGGGGGGGGGGGAGAGAAAGAGAAAAGUACCACAUGUGAUUGUUGUUCACAACUGUACAAGUCACAGGAGGUCACCCCCAGGAGUUACCAUCUCAUUCACAGUAGUAAAAACUCUACCCAUUGUUUUUAGCCUGAAUCCCCCAGCAUCCCUCCCCCUCCUCUGGGAACGCACAGGUAUCUGUCUCAUGGUCCACAGCAGGCCAGAAUGUGCAACUACAUCCACCUCUGUAACAAGGCUUUAAAAAGAACAAAACCAACCCUACGAACAAAAAAACCCACCCCAAAUGUAUAAAUGAGUCUGUUGUACAUGUGAAGGAGGGAGCGGGCCACAUUGGAGUGAGGCCUGUGACCCUUCGUCGCACCAAAGCACACACUCUUUUCUUCUUCUCUUUAAAACAAAACAUCUAAUGAAAAAAAACCAAACCAAAA